UACAUCCCCCUGGGACCAGGAGGCAAAUUCCUGUGGGUCCCAGGAGUGCCAAAAGUGCUCAGCGAGACGGGAAAUUGCAACAGUGAGGGCCCCUCGGCCCUCCCCUCGGUCGCCUUCCCGUAACUCCCGCCCCUGGACACUUGCCCCGCAGCUGAUUCAUAGCCGGGGCGCGGGGCCGCCUUCACACGCCGGGACAGACGUCCGCACCCGCGCCCCUGCGAGGCCGAAGAUCGGCCGGGCUCCGGAGAGCAGGACGCCAGGCGGACAGUCAGACCAAUGGCUUUCUCUGCGGUCCUUCAUCCAGCCUUCAUCUUGGCAUUAUUGCCCUUGAGAGCAUCCCUAAGUGAAGUCCUGGGUGAGCCUUUCCAUUUGACACCUGAGAUACUUGCUGUCUCUAUUCAGUCUAAACUUCAGGAAGUGACUUUACAAUGGACUGUUCCAAAUCUUACUCAUCAAGAAUUAAAAAUGACAUUUCAGAUAGAGAUCAGUAGAGUUAAAACAUCCAACAUCAUCUGGGUGGAGAAUUACAACACUACUGUGAAGUGGAACCAAGUUCUGCAUUGGAACUGGAAGUCUGAGAUCCCCUUGGAAUGUGUAACACAUUUCCUAAGAAUAAGGGCUAUGGUAAAUGAUGCCAAGUACCCUCCCCAGAGUUCCUGGAGCAACUGGAGUUCCUGGAAAGAAGUUAGUGUACAAGUUUCAGUUCAACCUAACGCAUUAUUAAUAUUUCCUCAAAACAAACUGUUGGAAGAAGGCUCCAAUGUCACCAUCUGUUUGGUAUACGGGCAGUAUGUAUAUAAUGUAUCCUGUAAGUUGCAAAAUGAGCCAAUCCAUGGAGAACAGCUUGAUUCACACGUGUCAUUAAUGAAGUUGAAUAAUGUUGUGUUCCUUGACAAAGGAGGGACAAACAUCAAUUGUGAAGCCAUGAAUGCUACUGAAAAUCUAUUUGGUACUGUUCUUUUUGUCUCAAAAGUACUCGAGGAGCCCAAGAGUUUUUCCUGUGAAACCCAAGACUUUAAGACUUUGAAAUGUUCGUGGGAACCCGGGGUAGACACUGCUUUGUCUUGGUUUCAACAAGAUUCUCAAAACUACACUUUAUAUGAAUCGUUCUCUGGGAGACGUGAGCCUUCUAACCAUAGGAACUCACAUACCUGGCAAAUCACUGACGAGUCACAGGAGACAUACAACUUCACACUCACAACAGAAAACAAGCUAAGGAAAAGAAGUGUCAACAUCGUCUUUAACCUGACCCAUAGAGUUCAUCUUAAGGCUCCCCAUGAUGUCACCCUUGAAACUCUAAGUGCUACAAAAGCCAACAUGACCUGGAAGGUGUACUCCCGUGGAGACAGCUACACACUUUUGUGUCACGUUGGACUCCAACACGAAAGAGGAGGGAUACAGGAGCACAAUGUUUCUGUCCACAUGAGUGCGAGCUACCUCUUCAGUGAUCUGGAGCCAGACACAGAGUACAAGGCUCGUGUGCGCUGUGCAGAUGCCAACCACUUCUGGAAAUGGAGUGACUGGACUCAAAAGGAGUUCAGCACACCCGAGGCUGCUCCCUCACAGGCUCUUGAUGUAUGGAGACAAGUGCGGUUAGAGAAUGGAAGUCAUGUUUUGAACUUAUACUGGAAGCCACUAUUAAAAUCACAGGCCAAUGGCAAAAUCACAUCCUAUAAUAUAGUUGUAGAAAAUCAAGACAGACCAACUGAGUCAGAACACUACUCUGUCUGGGCACCAGCCCUUGGCACACAACUGGACCUCGAUCCGAGGAGUUCUUACAAGAUUCAUGUCACAGCCAACAACAGCGUGGGUGCAUCGCCUGAGUCAGUGAUAGCCCUCUCUGAUGGUUCUGGACGUGAAGAGGUCCGUGAAAAAAGAAUUAAUGGGACAAAGGAUGGAUUCCAUAUUUCUUGGGAUCCCUUAUCUGGAGAUGCUUUAGGCUACGUUGUGGACUGGUGUGCACAUUCCCGGGACCAACAUUGUGAUUUGCAAUGGGACAAGCUAGGUCCCAAUACCACGAGCACCAUCAUCACCUCAGAUGCUUUUAAACCAGGGGUCCGUUACAACUUCAGAAUUUUUGGAAGAUCUACGCAACAGAAUGCUCAGUUACUAGAGAAACAAACAGGGUACACCCAGGAACUGGCUCCUCUGGAGAACCCGGAAGUUAGAGUUAACUUUACCUCCAACUCCGUCACCCUGAACUGGCAGGAUUAUGCGAGCGACUUCCAGUCUGCUUUUGUAGAAGGGUACCGUGUGUACUUGAAAUCCAAGGAGUUGCAGUGCCACCCACAGGGGAAAAGGACGCGGCUUCCAGGUAAUUCAGUGCUCUGUGAAUAUGACAUCAAAGAUCCCAAGCAAAAGACAUUCACUGUGAAAAACCUUCAGCCGGAAACCCUCUAUGAGUUUUUCGUCACUCCAUACACCAGUGCUGGCCAAGGCCCCAAUGGAACAUUCACGAAGGUCACGACUCUGGAUGAACACUCCCACAUGCUACUGCAGAUCUUAUUACCCAUGACUUUCUGUGUCUUGCUCAUCAUCAUUGCGUGCUACUGGAAAAGCCAGUGGGUGAAGGAGAAGUGCUACCCUGACAUUCCAAAUCCAUACAAGAGCAGCAUCCUGUCACUGAUAAAAUCCAAGAAGAACCCCCACUUAAUAAUGAACGUCAAAGACUGCAUUCCAGAUGUCCUUGAAGUUAUAAACAAGGUAGAAGGCCCCAAGACACAGUGUGUAGGCUCUGGGAAACCACACGCUGAAGAUGUAUCCAUUAAGCCUCCCUCCGUGCCAAUAGAAAGCGGUUCCUCUGGCCCUGUGCCCUGUGUCUUCUUUGAGAAUUUUACUUAUGAUCAGUCAGCUUUUGACUCUGGUUCCCACGGGCUCGUUUCAGGACCCCUAAAAGACAUACCACAUCAACUUGGACUAUUGACCCCACCUGACAAGUUACUAAAUGUUCUAGGAAAAGACUACAUGAAGUCCCUGGCGGAAAGCCCGACUGAAGAAACUAGCUUGAUUUAUGUGUCUCAGCUGGCUUCACCCAUGUGUGGAGACAAGGACAGUCUUGCCACAAAUCCACCCAUGCCAGUGCACUGUUCAGAGUAUAAAAUGCAAAUGGCAGUCCCAGGGAGCCUCGCACCACCUGCUCUGAGUGAGAAUAACAGCCUGACCUCAAUGAUCCUUUUAGGUCAAGGUGAACAGUAAUGUUAACUAGCAGCAAGCCGGUUCAUACACUACAGGCACUUUUGGGGAUAUGGCUGGUACCAUGCCAACACAACGUGCCCUGGCCCUUGAUUCCAGGAGCA